AUGUCAUCGAUCGACGAGAAGACGGUGCCCGCGGGCGUCGACGAGAAGGUAGUCGGGCGUGCCAGCAGCGACGGCGACGUCGAGGCGGCGGUGCUGUUCGACCACCGCCUGGUGUACGACGAAAAGGCGCUGAUGGAGGACAUGUACGCCUUGGAGAACGACGACAUCAUCUUGCUGAAGAAGAUGAAGCUCGUCAACGACGCCAUCGACGAGAUCGGCUUCACCUGGUACCACGCCAAGUUGUUCCUUUUGUCCGGGAUGGGCUACGCCACCGACACCCAGUUGACCUACCUCGAGCUGAACGUGCGUAAGUUUAUCAACUGGCAGUUUGGCUACCUGUUCCCAGUGUCGGCGGAAACCUACGCCCUCGGGAUGUGUCUUGGUGCCGUCUUCUGGGGGUUGCUGGGCGACUUGAUCGGGCGCCGGUUGGCGUUCAACUUGUCGCUCCUCUUGCUGGGGGCGUUCACCAUCGCCACCGGCGCCAUGGGCACCUUCACCACCUAUAACUUAUUCGUCAUUCUCGUGUCGUUUGCCGCUGGGGGCAACCUUGUCCUCGACACCUGUGUCUUCCUCGAGUUUUUGCCCCACAAGGACCAGUGGUUGAUGACGUUCUACGCGUUGUUCUGGGGUGUAGGUCAAGUAGUCGCGGUAGCCAUCUCCUAUGCGUUUUUGCCCAACAACUCGUGUCCGGGUCCCGACAACUGCCCCCUGGAGCUCAACCACGGGUGGCGGUACGUCUACUACACCAACGGGGGCAUCGUGUUUGCCCUCGCCAUUUUGAGACUCACGGUGAUCCGCCUCCAGGAAACGCCGAAGUUCUUGGUCGCCAACAAGCGUGACGAGGAGUGCGUCAACAACUUGCACGAGCUCGCCCGCAAGUACGGGCGGACGUGCUCGUUGACCCUCGAGGACUUGGAGGCGUGCGGCACCAUCACCUCCAACGACGACUACCGGAAAAACGUCAACGUCAAGGGGACGUUGAGACUCAUCCGCGACCACAUGAAGGUGCUUUUCAGCUCGCGCAAGGCGAUAAGACUGUCGACGCUCUUGUUCUUCCUGUGGUUCUGUCUCGGGAUCGCCUACCCGCUCUACUCGCUGUUCUUGCCCAUGUACUUGGAGUCUCGCGGCGCCAAGGUCUCCGCCGACACCACCCAGGGGGUGUACCGCGACAACUUGAUCACCAACGCCUGUUCCAUCGGGGGUCCCAUCAUCGCGGGUUUGCUUCUUUACUUCUUCCCCAUUAUCGGUCGCCGCGGGGUGUUGUGCAUCGGGGGUUUGCUGACCAUGGCCUUCCUCUUUGGCUACACCCAGGUGAUGAACCGGGCCCAGAUGGUGGCGAUGGGGUCGUGCGUGUUUGUGUGUCUCUACAUCUACUACGGGGUGAUCUAUGCCUACACCCCCGAAGUGCUCCCCGCCUCCGCCCGUGCCACCGGUAACGCCAUGUGCCUUUUGUGUACGCGUAUUGCCACCGCCAUUGUCCCCGUCAUCGCCUACUUCGCCAACACCCUGACCCUGGUCCCCAUCUGGAUCUGUGGUGCCCUCAUGGGGGUGAUUGGGUUGGUGGCGAUUUUCCUCCCCUUCGAGCCGUCGAAGCAACGCACGGUGUAA